AUGGGCGGAUGGAAGUUGGAAACCGGUCGAUUUCUGAUGCUCAUCACUUUCCCAGUCGGCGCGUUUUGGCUUUUCAAUCAGCCAACGAUUUUCAAAGAAUUCAUGAGAGGCUACAGAAUCCCGGACAGUAGUCAGGGCGACAAAGCGAUGGCUGAAUUCAAAGAGCAAUUGUUGGCGAAUAAACGAAAAGAAGAGUACGAGGCGUUCCUUCGCGAGCAGAUGGCGUUCGAGGAGGCCAAGAAACUUCGGGCAGCUAAUAAAAUCUGA